UUGAAUUCCUUUAUGGGAUCUUUCUGCCUUUCGCAUGCUCAUCUGUAAAAGCUACUGAGUGGCAACUGUAGCAGUGUGACGGCAAUCCAUCAUUCAUGGACUCAUCGGAGACUCGGUUGCCGACGGUGACUCAGCGAGAACAAUGGAUGGUCGAGAGUCAGGUGUUCCAGAUGUACGAGCUCCUCAGCAGCGUUCCCCGCAAUGCUCAAUCCGUACUUUUGGAGCUUCAGCGCGACAAGCACAUCGAGUUUCUUACCAAUGGUCUCAAGCAACUUGGCCCGUCUUUCUGCGUCUUAGAUGCAAAUCGACCGUGGCUUUGCUAUUGGAUCCUUCACUCAAUUGCAUUACUGGGAGAUUCUGUUGAUGAUGAACUGGAAAAUAACACCAUCGACUUUCUUAGCCGUUGUCAGGACCCGAAUGGUGGAUAUGGUGGUGGACCUGGGCAGAUGCCUCACCUUGCAACAACCUAUGCUGCGAUCAAUGCACUUAUUACGUUGGGUGGUCAUAGAUCUUUGUCAUCAAUUAAUAGAGGUAAAGUAUACACGUUUUUGCAGCGAAUGAAAGACCCUAGUGGAGCCUUCAGGAUGCAUGAUGCAGGAGAAAUGGAUGUUCGGGCUUGCUACACUGCUAUUUCUGUUGCUAGUGUUCUGAACAUUUUGGAUGAUGAACUGGUUAAAGGUGUUGGAAAUUUCAUCUUGAGCUGUCAGACUUAUGAAGGUGGUAUCUCUGGUGAACCUGGUUCUGAAGCUCAUGGUGGGUAUACCUUUUGCGGGCUGGCUACAAUGGUUCUGAUCGGUGAAGUUAAUCGUUUGGACUUGACUAGUUUAAUUGAUUGGGUGGUAUUUCGACAAGGUGUUGAGGGUGGUUUCCAGGGCAGAACCAAUAAAUUGGUUGAUGGUUGCUAUUCCUUUUGGCAGGGAGGUGUUUUUGCCUUAAUACAAAAACUACAUUCAAUCAUUGAGGAACAAUUGAGGCUGUUGGAUGCUGGAGGCUCUGCCAUAGAUAGCCCACAAAUUGCUUCAACAUCUUGUCAUUCUGGGCAGAGAGGCCUACAUGAUACUUCAGGUUCUGCAAAAUUUUCCAAUAUUGGCUUUAAUUUUCUCGAAGAACCUGCAGAAAUGGAACCUCUUUUUCACAGCAUAGCAUUGCAGCAGUAUAUAAUUCUGUGCUCUCAGUUGCAGGAAGGUGGAUUCAGAGACAAACCGGGGAAGCAUAGAGAUUAUUAUCACACAUGUUAUUGUCUAAGUGGCCUCUCUGUGGCCCAGUAUAGCUACUCAAAGGAUGCUGACUCUCCACCUUUGCCCAGGGCGGUAUUUGGCCCCUAUUCCAAUCUCUUAGAACCCAUCCACCCCCUCUACAAUGUCAUUAUGGACCUGUAUCAUGAGGCACAUGAGUUCUUCUCAACGUCAUGAGCAUAUAUCUUCUAUUGGUGUCUCAAGUUUACAGGACAGGGGGCCCUGGAACCGAUGAUGCUAUUAUGUGUUUGUUUGUUUUAAGUUUAGAAACAUAAGGUAAACACCUAAUCGAAAUGUGAUGUUAUUGAAUAUGGCUCGUGACAAUUUUGCUUUGGAUCAUCUAUUAACUAUUGCCAUUUUGUAUUUUGUAA